UAUUGUAACAGUUUUGCUUGGGUUUUCCAAGAGUUCGCACGGCGACAGAACGGCUGCGGCAGUACUGCUAAGAGCAUGGAAAACACUUUAGUUGAGAUACCACAAGCGGAGUGGAUUGAUUUGCGAGACCUUUACUUGGUCCAAAAGCAGCUAUCCUCUGCAUACAAUACAAUACAAUGUUUGAUUGACUGGAAAACUCAGAACGAGGACCUCGAAAUAAACAUAUACUCAUUGAAUGGAGAUUGGCGAAGCGAUGGCACCUAUGUGGCUAUUAAAAAGAAGCCUAUGACCUAUUUGUUCAUCAAUACGCUGAGUGACAACCAAGAGCGUUUACUGACUGCGCUUAGAAUGCUGAAGAACAAAGAACCACUUCUAGUAUUUGGCUACCCGGAACGUCUAACGCCCACUGUUAAGCAAUUCUUCAUAGACAGAGGUGCAAAGGAAGAAGAAUUUGAGGCAGACGGCACCGCUUGGUAUCAUAUCGACAAAGACAAAGCGACUCAAUUUGCAGUAGACGUGCCUGAAGGUUUCACUCUUAGGCGAUUGGAUCCGAAAAAUGCCGAGCUGGUGAACAGCGUGUGGCCGCAUCGCACGUCUAACACUUUGCUCUUUGUGGAACGAAUGAUAACUUACGCAGACAGUGUGGGUGUCUACGACAGUUCCGAUAACUUGGUGGCCUGGUGUUUGAGAUUACCGAUUGGUUCCUUGGGUUUGCUGCAGGUAAUGGAGUCUCAUAAGCGUCUGGGAUUUGGAAGUUUGGUGGUGCGUUAUAUGUCCAAAUUGAUUGCAUCCAAAGGACUCGAAGUCACUGCACCUGUUGUCUUCCAAAAUGUGGCAUCACGCUCGAUGUUUGAAAGACUGGGUUUUAAGGUAAUCGAUAAUGUGUAUUGGUCAAUUAUGCCAGAAAUAAAGUAAAUGUCAUAGGAAGCUUUUCAAAUACGUUGUUGCUAAGUGUAAUAAAAUGUAUUCUUAAAAGGAAUCUAAUGAUUUCAUUUGUGAAUAUCGGAGUGAUAAGCUGGUUGAAGGCUUUACAAGAAAUUAUGAAAUAUGUUAUUCUUAUCUUAAAGAUAAACACGCUUUAUAGUGAACAAUGAACUAAGUAAAUAAUGUACUAUUAAGUGCUACAAUGUUAUUUGAUGUAAUCUUAAUAAACCCGUACAAAUAAGAUUUCUA